CUUUGUGGCAACUCAUGAUAUAUAUAUUUUUGCUUUUUAGCCUUUGGCUUUCAUUUCUGAUAGAGGAACCUUUAAGGCUAUAACUAACAAAGAGAGUAUAAACACAUUAACCCUUGUUCCUGUUGGGCAAUUAGACUUCUCUCUUCUUAAUUUUUCUUCUCAAAGAAAUAGUUAUCCAUGGAGAACAACCCUAAUAAUUCCUCAAGAACAGAUAGAAAACUCAUUGAGAGAAACAGGAGAAAUCAAAUGAAAGCUCUCUAUACUAAGCUCAAUUCUCUCGUACCCCAUCACAACUCUAGGGAAUCAACAUCACUGCCUGAUCAACUAGAUGAAGCUGCAAACUACAUAAAAACGUUACAGGCAAACUUGGAGAGAAUGAAGGAAAGGAAAGACAGUUUAAUGGGAGUAGAAGGGACGAAUAUCACAAGCAGGAGCAGAAGUGGGCCAAAAUCUCCUCAAAUCCAGAUUCAUGAAAUGGGUUCUUCUUUGGUGAUUGGGUUAACAACUGGCUCCAAUGGUCAGUUCAUUUUUAAUGAGACAAUUCGUAUUCUUCAUGAAGAAGGAGCCGAGAUUGUUAAUGCUAGUUUCUCUGUUGUUGACGGCACUGUUUUCCAUACUAUUCAUCUUACGGUUGGGGAGUCUGCAUCUGAUUAUAGAGCCACCAGGAUAUCUGAGAGACUAACGAAGUUUGUCCAUGAUGUUGGUGCAUAUGGCAAGUGAUUAUACCUGCUGUAAUAGAGCAGUAAAUAAUCUGAAUCACUCUAUCUCCUCUUUGAUUGUUAGUAAAAAGUUUUUCAGAACCCUCUCAAGGGUUGAACAUCAGGCACCAUUGCCGCUUACUAUUAGUAUAUCAUGAAAUAAUACCGCUUGGCAACCAGAUCUAUUGUUAUUAUAAAUUACGAUGUGUUCAAUUGCCAAGUUUUUUUCAUGUUACCCUUCAGAUUACCUCUCAAAUCUCAUAUGCAAGAAGCAAACUACCGGUUAGAACUUUUAUGUAUUAUCAACUCUAGUUUAGAUAGGAUUAUGGUGUGUAUUAAUGCUCCAUAUUUUGAUGUAUUAUAAUAUGAAAACUUCUUCUUGCUAGAGCUUGGUAGUUGGAAGUAAUAUUUGUUAGUUUUGGAUUAGGGUAAAUAAAAUCCGUUUUGAAGAAAUA